AUGAGCAACCAUUCCACAGUGACUGAAUUUAUUCUCCUGGGGUUCAGCGAUCAUCCAGAGCUACAGAGUCUUCUUUUUAUGAUAUUUCUAUUCAUCUAUACGAUCACUGUGUUUGGAAAUCUUGGCAUGAUCCUGUUAAUCAAGAUUGACUCCCAUCUCCACACUCCAAUGUAUUUUUUCCUCAGUAACCUGUCCCUUGUUGACUUCUGCUACUCUUCUGUCAUUGCCCCUAAAAUGCUCGUAAAUUUCUGGGCAGAGAACCCAGUCAUUUCAUUCAAUGAAUGUGCCACUCAGUUCUUCUUUUUUGGUUCCUUCGCUGGCAUUGAGGGAUUCCUGCUGACCGUGAUGGCCUAUGACCGUUACGUAGCCAUCUGCAAACCUCUCCUUUACACGGUCACUAUGUCCCCCCAACUGAACGCCCUGCUGGUGUUGGCCACAUACCUCGCCGGCUUCAUAAAUGCUGCCGUUCACACGGGCCUCACCUUCCAGCUGUCCUUCUGCCACUCCAGUGUCAUCAACCACUUUUUCUGUGACACUCCACCCCUCCUGAAACUCGCGUGUUCUGACACUCGUGUCAAUGAAGCUGUCAUUUUUGCUUUUGCCAGUUUUAACGAACUGAGCUGCCUCCUGACUAUUCUCAUUUCCUAUCUCUACAUCCUCGCUGCCAUCUUGAGGCUCCGCUCUGCUGAGGGGAGGCACAGAGCCUUCUCCACCUGCGCGUCCCACCCGAUGGCGGUCACCGUCUUCUUUGGCACAAUCCUGUUCAUGUACCUGCGGCCCAGCGGCAGCUACUCAAUGGGCCAAGACAAAGCGGUGUCCGUGUUUUACACGGCGGUCAUCCCCAUGUUAAACCCGCUCAUCUAUAGUCUGAGAAACAAGGACGUCAAAACCUCCUUUGGCAAAAUUUUUAAAACAUCCUCUUUUUGCUUCUGUACUUAA